AUGGAAUUACUUGAAACGAUUAUAAUAACCCUUCAAUUAUCGAACGUACUCUCAAAGAGAUACGGUUCAUCAUCAGAAGAGAGUAUAGAGAACCUCAUCUAUUAUAAAGAUUGUAAUCAUAAACGUAAAGAGGAUGUAACAGCACCGUCAAUACGGUCACAACCACAGCCGACACAAGAGUGCAAGAUGUGCUGCAGCAUGUGCUGUGGUGAUGAAUGCACGCAUACACAGCACGAGCCGUUAAUGAGCAGGCAAUCACCAGCGAUGAUGAAACCACCACCCUUCAGGCAGCCAGUAGCACAACCGACAUUAAAUCAACGAGCGAAGCGGCCGAAGAUGCGGCAAAUGCCAGGACUACAGCCACCAUUAGCUAAUAGAAGAAAUAUUGAAUUCACGCGACAACAUAUUCGAAGCCUGAUCUCACAAGACCAGGAUAUCAGGAAGAUUUUAAAAGAUCUAGUGAGAGUGACGAUGCAGAAAGUUGAUUUGAUGGACAUGAUUAAGACUAGAAGUUUAAGUAACGUGGAAGGGGUAGAGAACAGCGAAGGAGAAUAUCAACAAUAA